CAUUUCCCAUCUCAUACAACUGUACAUUGUUUAUCAUAUAUUUCUCUUGCAGCAGCUAGCCAUGGCAAACAACAAUAUUCAACCAUGCCAUGACGACCUUGAUCCUAGAGAAGCCAACAACCCUUCAAAGAUGUUAAACUUGGACGUGGAAGGACAGAGAGAGGGUUUUGACUAUGCAAAGAGGGCACAGUGGCUUAGAGCUGCUGUUUUGGGUGCCAAUGAUGGUUUGCUCUCAACAGCAUCCCUCAUGAUGGGAGUUGGAGCUGUGAGGAAAGAUGUUAAGAGUAUGAUGCUGACUGGGGUUGCAGGGCUGGUGGCUGGAGCAUGCAGCAUGGCCAUUGGAGAGUUUGUUUCUGUAUACUCACAGUAUGAUAUUGAGUUGGCUCAGAUGAAAAGAGAGGGAAACAUGGAUGAGAAGAAGGAUAAGUUGCCGAACCCCUAUUAUGCUGCUUUUGCCUCUGCCCUUGCGUUUGCUAUUGGGGCAGGGGUGCCACUACUUGGUGCUGCCUUUGUCAAUAGCUAUAAGGCAAGGUUAGGGGUGGUGGCGGCUGUUGUCACCCUUGCUUUGAUCGUCUUUGGAGAUUUGGGGGCCUUUUUAGGGAAAGCACCCAGGGUUAAGUCCACUCUCAGGGUUUUGAUUGGGGGGUGGUUGGCCAUGGCUAUUACUUUUGGUUUAACAAAGCUUGUAGAUCAUCUUGGACUUGGAGUAGCUUGAUCCACACACACACACACACAUAUAUAUAUAUAUGCUGAUUUCCAUUUACCUUUUUUCUUUUCUAUAUGCCUCUGCCUAGCUAGAUAGAUCUGGUUUCAUUUGUUA